GUGCACCGGGAGUAAAUGCUGUUAACUAGAAGCACUGUGUACUCCAGGCUGCAGUAGACUGAAAACUGGAACUGGAACUGCUGGAACCUGUAGUUCCACAGUAAGUGAUGCGAUGAAGAAUGCAGAUUCCUGACAGGUGCAGAGGAUACGUGUCCGACAUGGUUACAUCAUUCAACAGUGGGAAGUCUAUAUAAUACUACAUUCUCUUGUUCUCCUGGGAGAGCAUUAUACUGGAUGAUGCCCAUGGACUGAGAGAUGACUAGAUACCGACCUGUACAUAUGCUCCUUUACGUCUGGUGAGACCUGGUCGGAUUUAAUUGUGGGAAAAAUGGCAGCAGAGGCUAACACAGGGGAACGUACCCCUCACACAGACGAGAGGCGAUCCACAGGACGGACCAACAAAUCCCCAAGAAAAGUAAGACCUGCAGGUGGGAAGAUCAGAGGUGCUGAACAGGCCAGCAAGUCAGGAAAGCCUGAAGACGAGCAAGAGGUGAGGUCUUCAGUGUUACAUGGUAAGGUGAAGGCCCUGAAGGAAAAGCAGAUAAAGGAGCGACGGAAUGAAUCGGUGCAUUCGGAUUGUUGCAGUGGUGAAGGAGAGGUGUUUGAAGAUGCACUGGUGACUCCCCAACUUCGUACAUAUCUUACCGAAGAGUUGCUGGAUUGCAGCAAGCAGGCAUCAAGUUCUGCUCAGCCAGAGAUUUGGGGAUCUGAUGAAUUUUGGGGGACUAGCAAUCUGAAUGGAUCAUCAAUAAGUAACUGCAGUGGUUGCAAAAUAGAAAACUUCUCUAACUUCAUUGCGAAUAACGAGAACAACACGCAAUUCUGGUCUCGAGACCGGCUGUACUCUUCCUCUGAUGAGUCCCCCUGUGCGCCACAGAAUGCUAGAAUGGAUCCCGCUCUUGGUCUGAGCCUGGCUGAGAGGGUGGAGAGAAACAGACAGGAACUGAGAUGUAAAUUUAACCAAGGAGCCUAUUACAGUGCAGACGCUGUAUACGGUGAUGUCACAUGUCAAGGGCAGGAUAUGAAAGAUGGCAGCUGGUUAUGCCCUGGCGAUAUAGAUGGGGACUCAGGUGUGUCCAUACCUGUGACAGAGGACUGCAGGGAGCUCAGCGUCCGUCACGAACAGGCCAAGCAGCUGCUGCACAGAGCACGGAUGAAAGCAAAGGGGGCCAGUCCCUUGCGAGCCUCCCACUGUGUCCUGCCACAUCCAAAUUCGCAGCCUCCAGUUUGCCGGGGUGCCAGUGUUCCAGGUGCUUUGACAGACGGAGGUUCUCAAAGUGACAGCUCCAACAGCGACUACUGUUCUUGGCACAGGGGUUCACGCGGGUGCUCUCCAUCACAUGUACGCUUCCAGGAUGAAUCAGAAUGGGAUGUUGAAGAGCGAUAUCGAGAACGAAAACAGGUUCCACUGACAACCUCUGUGACCACCACUCCACCCUCCAGAAGACAGUCAAACAGUCCUGUUUCCUGGGCGGAGCAACGGUCAUCAUAUGGGAAUGGACAAUGUGGGACAUGUGGCUCUUACGUCAAGGGAUCAGGAACCAGCCAGGCUGCCAUGCACGGUACAAACUUACGUAAUGUUCAUUUGGGCUCAAAAAUUACUCAGGACGGUUCCCUUAGCACACCUUUGGGGGGCAAGCCUUCACCUCACUGGAUUUUGCCUUCUCAGCCGUGGCGAGUCCAUACUGAACUGAUCCGUGAGACGCACAUUGGCGGGGACUCCACUGCAGACUCCUCGGGAGAAGAAGAAGGCAGUCGUAGCCACAGUAAGAAAAAUAGUAGCUGGGCAACACACAAGAACUGCACAAACAGCACACCAAAUGAAGUUCUGGGUCACGGAACCAUAUUAUACCCUUUAAAUGCGUCAAAUAGUGAACAAGACAUUGACAUGAAAAAUGGUACGACUAGUUCUGCUCUGGAAACUCAGCUGAAGAGUAACUUGCCCGUUUUAGAAUCCGGUUCUACAGCCAAAGUAUCAGAACCCAAUCUACAAACCGGAAUUGUUAGCAGAGGUUAUCAUGUGGACUCAAUAAGAACUGGUUUACAGAAAAUGCCACAAGAUCUGGAGACUAGACCGGGAAGAAAGCCCCGGAAUUCAUCUGUAGAAUUUGGGAAGAGAUCCAAUGCAUUAAAUACAGAGUUGGGAAUUUGCAACAUUGUGUUGAAUUUAGACUCUAGGCAAGGAACCUACAUAGUUGAUCAAGCAGUUAGUAGAACCCAGACAUCUCCCAUGGUACAGUGUAAGUCACAUAUGGUUUCCCAAUCAGAUUGUGGCCCAACUCCAUGCAGUUUCAGCACUUCUAGGCAUGUGCCUAUCCCUCCAUCUGGGAAAGCCCCCAACGUGGUGACACCUAGAAAUGGUAGACUUAAAAUCCGUUCAGAAGGCAUCAAACAACAGCUAUGUAACGUACAGGGAGGAGAUGUAAUACAAACCUCACAGGACAGGAAGGGAAUUCAGUCUGACCCAGUGCCAAAAUCUAAAAGGUUGAAUCAAGAAGGUCUUGGGGAUCUGGACAAUUACCAGCUUUCUACUUCCAGCAUGAGACCUAAAGAACCUAAAGCUGGAGAGCCCUCAGAGGGCAGGAAGACUAAGGAAGUGAAGGAGGGUAGGACAUCAGUGAAGCAACAGGUGACAAGGGAACAAAGGGAUGGUGAAAGCUCUCACACCAGUAGCAGGCACAGGAUCACAAGACAUCAGUCAGCUACAGAACAUAGGGAUUCGGGGGUUACUCACAGCCAUUCCAGGGAACAAGCGGCAAGUGAAAUGCGUUAUCCAAAAAUGGAAGAAAAGUGCACUGAGAAACCAAGGACAAAUGGGCAAUUGCACAACAACAAUGCAGACACAGGAUCUGGCAACAACACCUUAAUCUGCCAAACGGCCAGUCCGGUAUCCUCUGUCAUGGACAGAAGCUUGGAGGCGCCAUUGGAGCGCUCUUGGCAGCCUGAGGUAAAAAAGGGCGACAUCCGUAGCGGGAUGAGGAAAAUUUUCGACAGCAUUGGCCUAACAUCACGACACAAGCUGAGCCGUUUCCAGUCUUCUAGUUUGGAGCAAAUACCUCCCUUAGGCCUUCAUGAAGGAAACGCUUUAGCAAACCGGGACAAUGAUUCGAGCGAUGGAUCAGUAAAGCCGGGCAAGAUAAAGAAGAGCCCAUCGCUGCAGUCCCUGAAGCUGAUGUCGCCAUUUCACUUACCAAGAAAAGCAUCCUCUGUUCAGAACUUGCUGGGAAAAUCGGACCGGUCUGCUGUUUACGUUACAGGAAAUGCUCCAAGGCGGGUACUCAGUGUGGAGGACAUUGGAUCACCUGGCAUGGCUCGCGCAGUAGGGAAAGUAGCAGAGGUUUACCCGGACGGAACUCGCCUUUUAGAACUGAAGUGCCCAGAAAAAGGAGGCUUUGGGUUUACCAUUUCAUCCGGCAAUGGAAGGCCAGACUCAGGUAUCUACGUGCAGGAAAUGAGUGAUGCCAACACUGCCAAGCUUUAUUCCGGCUUACUCUAUGUGGGAGAUGAGAUCUUGGAAGUGAACGGUGCUAAGGUGUCCACGCUUGGACUAAGUCGUACGACCGAGAUCAUGCACCGUGAACCCAGUUUAUCUCUGCGUGUGCUACACCAGAGAAGGACCAAGUGCUGAGAGGGACACCUGGCUGACCGGAACCUGAAUAUGGUUCGUGUAGACAGUGGUUGCAUUUUUCCAGGAAAAUAGGUCACUGAUUAUACCUGGAACAUUUAUUGCUGUUUCCAUCUCCUGAUAAAUGUGGAUACGGAAUAUUACUGCUCAUCAGUCUCAGACGUGUGAUGUAUUUUCAUGAUGUCUGUCUGUUUACCAAACUGUUUUGCACUGUCUUUUUACAUCAUGUUUUGUUUAACCAACAAGACUGGUGCGGCACCUACAGUAGACGUCUGCCACCUUGGUACUGAUCCUCGUUUAUACACACAUAAUCCUCAGUAUGAAUAUAGACCUUUAUACCGCACAGUAUUAUGCUGGUGAAACACAAACGGACGUGGUUCAUUGUCGUGAGAAACAUUUCCCCUAUUGCACAGGUCACACUCCUUGUUUAUUUGUGUAUUUAUGAAUCUGCUGUUCCUCACUGCCUAUAUGAGUUUAAUAUAUUAAACAUUUCUAUAUA